GAGAGCCGCGGGAGGGCCAGAACCGAGGGCACUGGUGGAAGCCGAGAGGCUUUCAUCCCGGCAAGAUCCGGGAGAUGCCCUGGGAGCGGUCCAAGAGGCGCUACCGGGAGAGGACGCUGAAGCUGAACCUCAAGAACCCGAACAAGCGGAAAUACCGGCCGGAGAGGAAGCCUCACGGGCUGACGCCCCCGAGGCCGGUGGAACCCGAGGAGGACCACGAUUCCAAAGAGGGCUUCUUGCUCCCAUCCCAAACACGGCGGGCCACCGUCAGAUUCAGCCUUCAGACCAGAUUUUGCCAAUCGUCGCAGUGGUCGAACGUCUCCCCCUCGGGCAGCGUCAUCAACGAACUGGCGAAGAUGGGCGACCCAGACGUCCUGGAGAUGGUGCAGCAGCAAGACAGACAAGUCAGUAGAGAAGAACAUCAUUCCAGAGCAAAUGAGGACCUGAGAAGCGGAGAGUCCAGUUUUCUCAUCUGUCGAGAAGCACAGCCUGCCACGCGAUACAAUUUGUUCCUGAGGCGGCGUCUUCUGUUUAAAAAAGAUGAACAAAGCAAAGAUUCUAUCUUCUUCAGAGAUGGGAUUAGGAAAAUUGAUUUUGUGCUUUCCUAUGUUGAUGACAUAAAGAAAGAAGCAGAACUGAAGGCGGAAAGAAGAAAAGAAUUUGAACAAAAUCUCAGAAAAACUGGUCUUGAGUUGGAAAUUGAAGAUAAAAUGAACUCUGAAGAUGGAAGGACUUAUUUUGUCAAGAUCCAUGCCCCUUGGGAGGUGUUAGUUACUUAUGCCGAAGUGUUGGGAAUGAAAAUGCCUGUUAAGGAGAGUGAUAUUCCCUCAGAUGACAAAAUCCCUUUUAGGUGUAUGCUUGAGCCUCUGAAGCUCCCCCGGGAUGUGAAGCAGCCCACCCCAGAAUAUUUCACUGUCCAGUUCACCAGACAUCGGCAAGAGCUCUUCCUCAUUCAGGAUGAGUCAAGCUUCUUUCCAUCCUCAUCAAGAAACAGAAUUGUUUAUUAUAUUCUCUCACGGUGUCCUUUUGGUGUGGAGGAUGGGAAGAAAAGGUUUGGCAUUGAAAGACUGCUAAAUUCUAACACUUACUCAUCUGCCUUUCCACUCCAUGAUGGUCAGUAUUGGAAGGCGUCAGAACCUCCUAAUCCUGUCAAUCAGAGGAAUGUACUCUACCAGAACUGGGCUCGGUUUUCUUAUUUUUACAAGGAGCAACCUUUUAAUUUGAUUAGGGAUUAUUACGGAGAAAAAAUUGGCAUCUAUUUCGUCUUUCUUGGAUUUUACACAGAAAUGCUGUUUUUUGCAGCUGUGGUUGGCUUGGCUUGUUUUAUUUAUGGUUUAUUAACGAUUCCUAAGACCUCAGGCAGCAGUGAGAUUUGUGAUCCUGAGAUUGGGGGUCAGCUUAUCAUGUGCCCACUCUGUGAUGAACUAUGUGACUAUUGGAGACUAAAUUCAACGUGUUUGGCUUCAAAGAUCUCCCAUUUAUUUGACAAUGAGUCAACACUGUUCUUUGCCAUUUUCAUGGGAAUUUGGGUCACAUUGUUUUUGGAGUUUUGGAAGCAACGACAAGCCAGACUGGAAUAUGAGUGGGACCUGGUAGACUUUGAAGAGGAGCAGCAGCAGCUUCAGCUAAGACCUGAAUUUGAAGCUAUGUGUAAAAAAAGGAAACUGAAUACAGUGACUCAGGAGAUGGAACCUUACUUGCCUCUAUAUAGCCGUCUUCCAUGGUACAUUUUAUCAGGAGUCACAGUGAUAUUAUGGAUGGCUCUGAUUGUCGCGUGUAUGGUAGCUGUGAUUGUAUACCGCCUGUCAGUCUUUGCUACAUUUGCUAGCUUCAUGGAAAGUGAAGCAUCCUUAAAGCAUGUCAAAAGUUUCCUCACUCCCCAGAUAGCCACAUCUCUCACUGGAUCGUGCUUGAACUUCAUUGUCAUCUUGAUCUUGAAUUUCUUUUAUGAAAAGAUAUCUGCCUGGAUUACAAAAAUGGAAAUUCCUCGGACUCACCAGGAGUAUGAGAGCAGUCUUACCUUGAAAAUGUUCCUGUUUCAGUUUGUAAAUUAUUAUUCAUCCUGCUUCUACGUAGCGUUCUUUAAAGGGAAGUUUGUGGGAUAUCCCGGAAAAUACACAUAUUUGUUUGGUGUGUGGAGAAGUGAAGAGUGUGAUCCUGCAGGCUGUCUAGUAGAACUGACAACCCAGUUGACCAUCAUAAUGACUGGGAAACAGAUCUUCGGAAACGUUAAGGAGGCCAUUUAUCCCUUGGUUCUGAAUUGGUGGAGACGCCGAAAAGCCCGAACCAACUCUGAAAAGCUAUACAGUCGAUGGGAGCAGGAUCAUGACCUUGAAACUUUUGGUUCUCUUGGGUUAUUCUAUGAGUAUUUGGAAACAGUUAUCCAGUUUGGAUUUGUUACAUUAUUUGUGGCCUCUUUUCCUUUGGCCCCUCUUCUCGCGCUCCUGAAUAACAUAAUAGAGAUUCGAGUGGAUGCCUGGAAGCUUACGACUCAGUACAGGAGACCUGUAGCUGCGAAGGCUCAUAGCAUAGGUGUUUGGCAAGACAUUCUUUACGGAAUGGCUGUCCUUUCUGUUGCAACUAAUGCUAUUAUUGUUGCAUUUACAUCGGACAUGAUUCCCCGUUUAGUUUACUAUUAUGCCUACUCAGUAAACGAAACUUGGCCUAUGAGAGGUUAUGUCAAUAACAGCCUGUCAGUAUUCCUCAUAGCCGAUUUUCCAAACAACACUGUACCUUCGGAAAAACGAGACUACAACACUUGCAGUGUGUUUUUAAUUAAAUUUUUCUUGGCCUGGAUGAUCCCUGAUGUUCCAAAAGAUGUUCUGGCAAGAAUCAAGCGAGAAAAGUUAAUGACUGUCAAGAUUCUCCAUGACUUUGAACUUAACAAACUAAAAGAGAACUUGAGGUUGAAUUCUGCUUCUGAUUUUGACAGGCAUUUUGGUAUCAAGGAAAGCAAAGCAAAUCUGGCUGAAUCAACAACCUAAUUAACACAAUGAGCAAGUGGUUGGUUGCCUGUCUGGCUUCACAGUUUAUCUGGAUUUGGAGCCAGAAGCCAUGUGUCUUUUACCCUUCUUCUUUUUUUUUUUAACUCAGAGUUUUUGUACACUUUUAUGGAGGCCUUUGUACAGCUUCAUGGAGGUUGGAAGAACAGCUGUCUGCUUCACUGGCUGGACCCUCCCUAGAUAUUGGUUCUGGGAUUCUAUAAAUGAUUGUUAAAUGUAUGUUUGAAAUCAGAAUAUUGGAAAAUCAUGGGAUGUUGCAGUUUGGAAUUAAACACUGGACGUCGGCUCUCCUAUCGCCUUCCAGUGAGGGUGCACAUUUUCAUGGUCAUCUUUCUUUGGGGUUGUGUUAUAUCUCUACCCUAUCAGAGAAAGUAUUGGGACAAAAGGAAUAGAAGUGAAGAGGUCUACUGAGCCA